AUGGCAAGACUGGCAGAUAUUUAUCCCUCCAGUGACGAUGACCUACCUGAUCUGAAAACGCUUAUUCGGCAACCACGCUCCCGAGCACCAAAGACAACUACGCCAGUGCCUUCAGUCAGCAAGCCUACGAUUCCUAAGACUGCUUCCAAUGUUGAAACCCGACGCGUGCGUCGUCUUGGAGAGCCAAAUCGAGCCGCCGCAAACCCGCUCUUCCAGAAAUGGAACUCGGAAGAACAGAAAAGCACACGAGGUGGUCGACGGAGUAAGUCAAAUGUUGCAAGCUAUGAGAAGAAGCCAUCACGACAAACGACUGAAGUCGACAAACUUUCCUCAUAUUCAGAAUCCGAUUGUAGCUCUGACACUGAGAAUGACAUGCCGCAGUCGCGACAACAGCCAAGAAGGAGGAGAAACCAGAGGGUUGUGCAAGAUUCUGAUGACGAGAGUGAUGAGAACUAUGAAUCCGAAAAGGAAACAGUCUUGACAAGAGUCCGACGUCUUCAGAAAAUAAAUAAAAAUAAGGUGGCAACACCUGCUCUGGAGAUUCCGGAGCCGAUACCAAGUAUUCAUUCUGGGACCAAGUCAAAAGCAUUGCUUUUUGCACGAGAGAUCGAUAGCGAUGCUGAAAGCGAAGUGAGCCAGGAGAACGAGAAAGCAGAAGAGCCAAGUGUCUAUCAAACUGCAGACGAGCAUUCUGGCUCUGCCUCGGAGUCGGACUGGUUGAAUGACUCCCCUGAGCCCCCGACAAGAAGAGGGGCAAGAUCCUUGAGUAGCCAGCCAUCAAAGACAGUUGGCACCAGGGAGCGUAUCCCAUCAAUCAAGAACCCUCCAACUCUUCAACCAAACCCCUCUUCAAACAUUAGCAAUGAAAAAACUCGCGAUAUUGUCAAGAAUACUACUUCGAGUAAAGAGGGUACUAGGUCCAGGAAGACCAGCCAAAGUGGUAAACGGCUUGCUUCAGGGACGACCACCACCUCGGACCUUGCAGACACAUUAUCUAAGCUGCAGCUACAGCUUGAGGACUUCUCAGAUGAGGAGAGCAGAGUGUUGAAGAUAGACGAGUUCACCACACCACCCAGUACUCCUCCUAAAGCACCCAAGCCAAGAGGGCUUGCAUCACCAAGCAAGAAAAUACAGAUCCCUAAAACGCCACACCGUCCAAGUAUGGAUGCCUUUUGGAACCAGGACUUUGUCAACGAUUGGAACGACCAGCACUCGCCACGCAAGCUCAUCCUUCCCCCGGUUACCAAAAGUCCCAGCAAGGCGAGCCCGAAGAAAGAGCCCAAGAAGGAGACCAAGAAGUCAUUUGAAUCUCGGAAACAUGCACUCGCCGAGAGCUUUCUAACCGAACUCGAUCGCGAGAUCACAAAGGGUAGGAUUGCCGAGCUUGCUGAGUCCACAGGCGGCGUCAAGCUCGUUUGGACGAAAACACUUAAUACAACGGCUGGGCGAGCAAGUUGGCGUUGCGAAACUAUUAGAACGACACGAAAGGCGGAAGACGGUCAGCCCAUUAAGAUAUUCAAGCAUCAUGCAUCAAUUGAACUUGCCGAGAAGGUCAUUGAUGACGAGAACCGCCUACUCAAUGUCAUGGCACAUGAGUUUUGCCAUCUCGCCAACUUCAUGAUCAGUGGCAUAACGACAAACCCUCACGGCCGAGAGUUCAAGGCUUGGGCGGCCAAGUGCUCGGCUAAGUUUGGCGAUCGCGGCAUCGAAGUGACAACCAAGCACAGUUACGAAAUCGACUUCAAAUACAUUUGGGAGUGUGAAGAAUGCGGACUUGAGUACAAGCGGCAUUCCAAAAGUAUUGAUACUCAGCGAUCUAAAUGUGGGAAGUGCAAGGGCAACUUGAAGCAGACCAAGCCAGUACCAAGGGGAGCAGCAGCAGGCAAAGCACCGAGCCGAUAUCAGGCGUUUGUGAAAGAGCAGAUGGGUGUGGUCAGAGGAGAGAAUCCAGGCAGUCCCCAGAAGGUGGUCAUGAAGCUCAUUGCAGAGAAGUGGGCGAAGCAAGAGGGUGGUAAGACUGGAAGCAAAGUGGCUAGCAAGUUGGAAGUUGAGGGUGUUGUUGACAAGAUGGUUGAUCUAACUAUCGAGACUGAAGCAUAA